AUAGAGAUCUGUCAAAGUUCUCUCUUUCUCUACCACCUUGGUUCUUUGUUUGGUUUUAGAGUUAGGGUUUCAAACCAAAAAAAAAAUUAAAAGAGCAGGGGAUUUGACAGUCAUGGCAGCGAGGAGUAGCCGGAUGGAAACAGUACUUACUUCUACUCAACACCACCAGUCCAGUCCAAACGAAGAAGAAGAGAUUAAUGUUUUCUUGAAGAUUAUGAGAACUGUGGCCUUAACAGUCAAAAGCUCUGAGACGAUAAAAGAUCUUAAAGCACUGUUAUGUGAGAAGUAUGGAUUUGCUGAAAAUCAUCAGGAGCUCUUCUUGGGUGGUGAUAUGCUCAUGGACUACCAAAGUCUAGUUGACUGUGGAGUUCAGAGGGACUCAACUGUUCAUCUUGUUCUCCAGAAUACUGUCGGAAUCAAAUUAUUUUUCAAAUUACCAUCAAGUCAGGGCACCAUUGAGAUUGAAGCAAAGGCUCAUGAUACCAUCCGAAACAUCAAGGCCAUGAUUCAGGCCAAGGAGAUGAUUCCAUCGGAUCAGUUCACUCUUGUCUAUGGUGGAGAAUUGCUUGAAGAGGACAGCACACUGGCCUCAUUAGGUAUCAAGAGCGAGUCAACCCUGCAAAUGAUUUAUGCUCCUAAAGACACUCUUUCAAUAUCUGUGAAAGCAUCAUCAAGAGAGACUGUGAAACUCAAGGUUAGAGCCUUGUUCACUGUCAAUGAUGUCAAAAACAUAGUUGGGAACACUUUAGGUGUCUCAGUCAGUUAUCAGAAUCUGAUCUAUGCCAGAAAUCAGCUUGAGGAUCUCAAGACAUUGGCUUUUUAUGACAUCAGGGAUGAAUACGUAUUGGAGAUGUCACCUCGUUUGUUUCCGAUAUUUGUUAAAGUUUUUGAUGGGAGAACCCUAACUAUUGAUGUGAAGCAGUCUGAUGUUGUCGAAGAUGUGAAGGUCAAGGUUUUUCGCAAGCUUAAAGUGUCUAUGAAGCCUUACUAUUGUUGUAGGCUUUUGUUUGGUGGGAAACAUCUUCGUAAUGGUCAGGAUCUAGCAAGCUACAACAUACAGAAGGACUCCACCCUUAGUUUCGUUAUGUCAACAAACGUUUUCAGAGGGUCGUAGGCUAGCGUGGUUAGCUAUCUUUUGCAGAUUAGAAGCAGCAACAAUAUUUUGGCACAGGUAAGGUUAGAGAAAGAAUGAGUCACAUGUGAGAUUAUCUAGGACAGAUUAAUUUCAAAUGUAAUGUACCUAGAAUAGGGUACAACUGUGCAGAGCUCACUGUAGGUAUGUGCAAUGUUCAAGCCCAAAAGUAGGAUCAAACUUAAAUUGUGCAACUUUUGUAUAUAAAUAUGUUUCUUUUGAUUGUGCCUCA